UUCAUUUCGUACGUUGUCAGUGGCACUGCAGCUCUGCUAUGGAAAAUAGCGGCCUCCGCGGUACACUAUCAGCACCGAUGAGCCUCGCAGGAUGCGAUCGGGAAAGCAGUACGACUACGGCUCCGCAGCUGGGCUCCAGAUGCAGCGCGCAUGGGGUUGACUGCGCCGGCAGGAGCACUUCCUCACCACCACAAGUUCCAUGUAACUGCACGCCUCAGUCGGAUGAAAAGCCGCAACCCGAGUUGCGACGGACUGCUAAUGACCAUGCAAACAGUUGGCCUGUUGCAGUGGUUGGCUGCGCUGUCAUUAUGUUUGCCACAGGCGUGUUUUGUACCUCGGGCCUUUUCUACGUCUACUUCAUGGAGGCGUUCUGCGUCAGCCGCGAAGCCGCUUCGUGGCCAGCCAGUGCAAUGGGCGUGACACUGAACUGCUCAGGUCUCGUCGUUUCGUUGCUCCAGCGCUUCCUGAGCAUUUUCCAAAUUUCCCUGCUUGGCAGCAUUCUUCUCUGGACAAGUCUCAUGCUGUCGGCAUUUGCGCCUAACGUGGGGGUCAUGACUGUACUUUUUGGAGCUCUUCACGGCUUGGGAAUCGGAUUCAUGGAGAAUACGAUGGCGGUGACUGUAGCGACCUCGUUCCUGGAGCAUCAGUCGUUCGCAAUGGGUUUGAAAGACGGCGGGCGCACCUUGGCUGCUCUUGUUUUCCCCACCAUUGUAUCCCGUCUAAAUUCAGUAUACGGCGUCCGCAGCACGCUGGCACUUUGUGGAGCGCUUCUUAUGCACGUAACGGCGCUAGUGCUAGUUCUGCGGCGGCGUCCGGUUAUGGGACGACAGCAUUUUGGCCACACUAAUACCGAAACUACGUGUGGCGUGACACCUAGGUCAAUAGAAAGCAGGCGCCAUUACAAAGGAUCAUUGCAUGGCAACACGAGCACAACAAACGUAGCAAAUAGGAAUUAUAUGUCCUGUAAAAACUUUGACAGAGCGUCUACACGCCAGGAAAAUAACGUUGUGCUCUUUGAAAUGGCUAAGCCGAUUCCACAUAGCCAAAUAAACAUAUACGCUGAGAAGAAAGACACUGGAGGCACCCCAUCAGCACCAGCAAACACUACCCUAAAAGGCAGCAUGAAUCCCGUACAGCAACUUCAUGGGCAUGAUAGUACUGUCUCUGGGACCUCACAAACACCUGAGUGCGUGCCAGGCUUUGCUAAUAUUUUCCCGCCGCAAGCUAUGAACACGCCUCUGCAGAAUAAUGCAAUUUCUUCGCUGACAAGCAACGUUGAAAGAGUGCGCCGUGAUGAGGACAAAAAAACGGCCUUUCCGUCAGCAAGCAAAGCCGGACUGCUCCUUCUACUUACUGACCCAAGGUUUUACGUACUCGUGUUCCAAAAUACAGUGAUCAAUUACUCAGCAAUUACAUUUAGAACGAUAAUAGUUGACUAUGCAAGGGACAAGGGUGUACCCUUGGCUCAUGCCGAGCUGGUGGGAACAUACUGCGCGGCCACCGACCUGCUUGUAGGCCACAUUGCGCUGCCAUACCUCUCCGACCGCGGUUUUGUGAACCGAACCUUGCUUGCGUCGCUAACGUUUGCCCUUCUCUCGGCAGCAAUGUUUGCGGUAACCGUUUCUCAAGGUCUAGUAUCUUUCCUCGGCUUAUUUUCAGUAUUGUCCCUAUUAAUGGCGGCGACUUCGUCAUUCUCGCCAUUGUUGAUCACCGGUUAUCUUGGUCCUUGCCGGGUUCCCCUAACCUGGGGUGUCUCAGGACUUGUGACAGGUCCUCUGCUCUUGGCGACACCCGUAAUAACCGGCUAUUUCAGGGACACCAUGGGCUCGUAUGACAACCUCGUGCGCCUUAUUGCAGGGUUGGCUGCCAUCUCCGCGGUACUGAUACUCCUUUGUAGGAUCACAGAAAAAAGGUGCUGAACUUCUUCAAGCUUCCAAUAAAUGUGAAGUCGUGAGCCCUAAGCAAGCUCUG